CUGUCCAGUGUAUUCCUGAUAGUAAAUGGGGAAAUAGGUGCAAAUUCGAUAAAUGUUUUUUGUCCACAUUAUAGAAAUGGACCUAAAUUGAAUGUGUAUGAUUUAGUUGGAAGUUGGAUUACAGUUUAUACCCGACCAAAAGCGCUAAAUUGUUAUAUGCUUAAUAUAAGGGCUAUUACGGACUUGGAACGUGAAAAAAACUUUUUGAAGUAUGGAAACUUUAGUAGUCGAGUGGACUGGAGCAAUUGUUAUUUAGAAGUGGAGUCUCGAAUGGGAAAGCAUUAUUUUCAAGGCGACGGCAGUGAAUCCGGUGUUCUUGAAAACAUAAUUAUUUUACAAACGGACGAUGAGAAAUAUACACUACACGAGCAGAGUGCGGAUCAGUGGACGAUCUAUGGGAGGCGCGGCAGCGAGUUGGCAGUGAUGCGAGAUUGUGCGGGUAAAGCGAUUGCUGUGUUUGCUCGCAUCCCCUAUUGGCCCACGCCGCAUCAGCUUUACGCAACACUACAUCGCAGCGGUGUUAAUGCACUAAAUUUAGACCGUGUUCUUUGUGAACCUAAUAGAAUUUAUUAA